ACCAACAGCUCGCGAGCAUCCCGGGGGCCGCGCCUGUAUACAAUGCCCAUCGGCUGAAAGGAGCCCAAAAGCUGGAGGGCCGCACUUGGGAGAAGGACGGUCAAGCGGCCCUGUACCUAAUGCGAGGCGCUACCUUCUCGCCUAUCGUCAUGACGGGGGGCGAGCUAGACCACAUCAUUCGGGACGUGGCCCACCCGCACCCGGGCCUGCACGCGCUGCUUACCUUCAGCGCCAUCGACAUCGCGGCGUUCUCGCCGCCGCGCCCCCCGGGGGUAGCGGCGGUGACACGCACGUUCGACGUGCAUCUCGACACCUUCAUUCGCGUCCUGGAAGUCUUCAUCAAGGACGGCAUGGCGGGCGCCUCUGCGGCCGGGGCCGACCGAGUNCUCUCCGGCCGGGGCCGACCGAGUUGGUCUGUUUUUCCGGGAACUUUUCAGGAUCUCCGAAAACCUCCGCCGGUACUCGUCCCGCCACUGCGCCGAGUUCAAGGGCCGCGANUGUCGGUCGUCUGA